UUUAAACCAGCCGAAAGGAGAUGCGUGUGCACCAGGAGUAAUUACUAAUUUAUUGUCGUAGUAAAAGUAUAAAAAGCGCUCGAACGAUGUCCCGCUCAUGCAGUACUUCAGCACAGAACUGUAAUCGCGGCUCGCAGUGAAAUAUUUCGAACUUUGAUGCUGUAACAACAAUAGGACCCCUCGAUUGAUUUCUGUGAAGGAAUUUCACCUGCGUAGCAAAGUUAACAGGACAUUGCUUCAUAAUCACAAAUUCCUACUAAAGCGCACAUCCUCCAGGGGACAUUUACCGUAGCUAGUUUACUUUUACUGUGGCAGACAGACCGCACAACACCCUCCGCGAAACGCAAUGAGUAAUCUCAGCCGUCGUGUGCUGAACGGCACAUUAUUUGUUAUAGCAGUGAGUGUUCUCUUUACACCGGUAGCAUCGGAGAAAGGAUCAGAUUUCUUACAAGAUAUUUUUCGUUUCUACGGGGAGAAUGACACACUUUCAUUUGAAAAUCUCGAAAACAUGCUAGACUUACUUGGGACCAGACGACCAAGCCAUGUGUUGGAAGGAGAAAAUCAAUUCGUGCACUCAAAGUGUCUGUCAGCACCAGAGAUCUUGUCCCAGUACGGCCUGGGCAACUACAGCCAGGCGAGCGCAGAACACCUGAAGAGCAUCUGCCCUGCUCUGCUGAGCCACGCUGUGCUCCCCGCGUGCCCCCGCACAGUGCCCGCCACAAUCCAGACCAUAGAUUACCAUGUUUGGGGAUAUGGUGUCCUAGCAGUCACCAUCAUUAACCUGUCCGCCAUGCUGGGCCUGGCUCUGAUCCCCUUCACCAAGAAGCCCUACUUCCCCAAGGUGCUCACCUACUUCAUUGGCCUGGCCAUCGGCACGCUCUUCUCCAACGCCGUGCUGCAGCUCAUCCCCGAGGCGUUGGGAUUUGACCCCAAAGCUGACAACUACGUCUUAAAAGCCAUUGGAAUAUUUGGAGGAUUUUAUCUUCUUUUCUUCACAGAAAAAGUCUUGAAGAUGGUACUAAAAACUGAAUUUGAGCAUGGACACAGUCACUUUAGCCCUGGGGAGCAGUCUCGAGUCAACUCUCUCCAGAACGGCGACCUAGGAGUCAAGGGCGAGGUCAUUGCUGUAACCAGUUUCAGCAACAUUGGUGCCGAUCCCCCUGCAAGCAUGAACUCUGACCUCGCCUCAGAACAGGAGGCGCACGUCUCCAGGGGGACCUGCCACUGGCUGAGGGGGGAACGAAUCUCCAACAUCAAGACCGUGGCCUGGAUGAUCUCCCUGAGCGACGCCCUGCACAACUUCAUCGACGGCCUGGCCAUCGGGGCCUCCUUCACCGUGUCCGUGCUGACCGGCUUCAGCACCUCCAUCGCCAUCAUCUGCGAGGAGUUCCCCCACGAGCUGGGUGACUUUGUGAUCCUCUUGAAUGCGGGUAUGAGCAUCCCUCAGGCGGUUUUCUUCAACCUGCUGUCGGCCAUGUCCUGCUACAUCGGUCUGGUGCUCGGCAUUCUGGUGGGCAGCAGCUUCGCCCCCAACAUCAUCUUUGCACUCGCUGGCGGCAUGUUCCUCUACAUCGCACUGGCUGACAUGUUCCCAGAGAUGAACAGCAUUUUGAGCGAGCAGGAGAAGACCACCAGGAACAGCGUCGUUUUCUUCCUGAUCCAGAACGCCGGCCUGCUGACCGGCUUCUCCAUCAUCCUUCUCAUCACCAUGUUUGCCGGGGACAUCAACCUGGGGUAGGGGGAUCUUAUAGAGAGAGGAUAGGCCCACAGACCCCGGUACAGAAACACUGACCCACUGACAAAAUCCAGUGGGACCAUCAGAGCUGCAGUUGCCGACCAAAUUUCUCCUUGUCUGCACUGCACCUCUGGUCAUACCGCCCUCCCUGCAACACCAUAACGUCCUCACAACAUCCCUGCAACGUCACAGUCAUGUGACAGCACUGUAGUCUUGUGCACAUAGUAGGAUUCAGUCUGGACCUCUCCACAGGGACGAUAAACUGUUCUCAUUGAUGUAGCGAUUCCUGUUUUUUUGUAGUUUAUGUGAUGAAGCCUUAUUUAUUUGACCUAUAUGCAUCACUGCCUAGUGCUUUACAGUAAUGCCUGCCCUUACUGUUUUGCUGCUAAUAUUUAAGAUCCUACUGAAUUCACUUUAUGCUGAAUUCUGUGAAGGGAACAUUUGUGUCAUCUACACCAAAGGGUUGCCUUGGUCAACUAUAUUACCUGCUGAGCAUUGCCAACCGAGCCAUCAAACUUGACUGCAUUCACAGUAUACCACUGUCAAGUUAAAAGGGAUCAUAGUAAUAUAAUCAAUGUCAAAUGAAAUGUUUGUUCUAGUUGAUUAUAAUUCCCAUGAUUAUUCCCAUGGGGUUUGAUAGUACUGUAAAUACAACAUCAAAUCAAAAAAGGGAAUAUAAUUUUUGACAUGCCCCUGAAGGGAAGCUUUGUUCAUAUUUACUUUACCAAUGGGGCAGAAUGUCAUUUAUGCAAUAAUAGUCUGACUUCCAGAAAGUGUUACUGGAAAUAAUUCCAAACAGCCAAUGUAAAUGUGAAAGUUUAUCCUCUGAUUCUCCUCUGAUUUUGUAACUGGGAGAUGAUUGACGAGCAAUAAUGGAAACUGCUCAUUUCACAAAAUCAAAUAAGUUCUUACAUGGUAAGGGAGUUGAUUAUAGCUCAUAUUUAUUACGAGCAUUUAUUUCUUUACCAUUACAAAUGUGAACAAAGUUUGUUGUAGUGUUUUUUUUA